UAUAUUCUUAUGAUCGUCUUAUCUUGCAUUUCAUUUGCAGGUGAUUUAUUGCUAUCAUUGGCAUCAAAAUACAAGAACAGUACAUUUAUAAAUCUGAUGGACAAUGUGGAGGGUGCCGAGAAGUUGUACAAGAGAGUGAAACAGAUGAACUUAACAAAUCUACUUGUGGCUGCACUACCUGAUACUGUUGAUGAUACACUAACACACAAAUUGGUCGAAAGUCCAGAGUUCUUCAGAUACCAAUUUAUUGAUUUAGAAGAGUUCCUUCUGUUGAUAGGAACACUUGAUGAUAGAGAAAGCUUUAACCGAAUGUUGGGAGAAAUAAUCUCUAGUAGCGUUACUACAUUUAUACAACUACCAUCAGCUCAGACCAUGUCCUUGGCAUUUUCUACUUUCUAUCCUGCUGACAUAUUUGAUGGACGCAAUUCUAAGGAGCUAACAAAAGAAGACUUGUAUCUCCAUGACAACCAUCCCUUUAAUUUCUAUAAAAAUGGAGAGAUAAAGAUCAUUCGCGAA